AUGAAGAAGGAGGUCAAGUACAUCAUAUGGGGCCAUGUUGCCUUGGUGCUCUUUUUGGUGUGGUAUACAUUUGACUUGAUCACGUUGCUACACGACGACUCUUUCCAAGACGCCCUCUUGGACGUGGAACUCAACCCCACAGACGGUACCGUUGACAAGCCAAUGAUAAUACCGAAGAUCAUUCAUCAAACAUACAAGACCACCGAUAUUCCUGCUGUGUGGAAGGCAGGUCAACAAGCGUGUGUCGAUCUUCAUCCGGAUUAUCAGUACAUUUUGUGGACUGACGAAAUGGCUCGAGAGUUCAUAGCUGAAGAGUAUCCAUGGUUCCUUUCCACGUGGGACCUGUACCCUUACCCCAUCCAACGUGCCGAUGCUAUUCGGUACUUUGCACUUGUUCAUUUCGGAGGUGUAUACAUUGAUUUGGACGACGGAUGCGAAAGAAAAUUGGACCCACUUCUCACGGUGCCAGCAUUUGUGCGUAAAACCCUUCCCACUGGUGUCUCCAACGAUGUCAUGGGCGCGGUUCCUCGUCAUCCGUUCUUCCUCAAAGUCUUGGACUCGUUGAAACCAUACAAGAAGAACUGGCUUGUUCCUUAUAUCACCAUCAUGUAUACUACCGGACCACUCUUCCUCUCGGUUAUUUGGAAGCAAUACAAACGGUGGGGAGUCCCUGAAGCCGGAAAGGUCCGUAUCCUUAUGCCCAAGGAUUAUAAAACCCACUCGUAUUCAUUCUUUGCCAUAGCUCCGGGGUCGUCAUGGCACCUCGACGAUGCUAAAUUUAUCAAAUCAUUGGCUAAUCAUAUUGGUCUUGCAGUUGCGGGUGGCUUCUUGAUAGCCGGGUUCAUUUUCUUCCUUGAGUUUCUCUUAUACACGGUUGUCACUUCAGGCAGUUUUAAGAAAUAUGCCAAGCGAUUCAAUGUGUUCACUUUGAUCAACAAUUUUCGCAUUCGCCUGAGUGCCAGUCGGAUCAAGAAACGGUCCAGAAAAGAUUCCAACCUCCCCCCACCUAUCCAUAUCGAAAAGGACGGCGACGUCACAUCCUCUAUGGUUUAA